GCUUUUGUUGUUGUUGUUAUGGUCGUGUUGUUGUGGCUCCUUUGAUAAUCCGUUCCUGUCCAGGGAAAGGAUGUGAGGUGCGGUUUCAGAGUGUCCUUUUCGGUGGGCGUUCGAGUGCCAGCGAGUGCAACCUUGGACUUGGUCGCCUCAAAAGAGAACAAAGCAGCCGAGGAGCGUGCUGCAGUUUGGGGCGCCCUCGCCCCGUGACAGGUAGACUGACGGUAGAGAAAGGUGGAUGAAAACGGGCAGAGGGAGUAGAGUGCACCAGUAGUCCGUGUGUAGGUGCUCGCGCAAUAUCAGACUAGCGAGGAGGAAAGAGAAGCCAACGCAACCGCCCAACCUGGGCAACAACGGGCCAAGUCGUCGUGGCCAAUCCGUUUUGGCCAUCUUCCGGAACCUCAUCUGGUGGCCAUCGAUCAUCGAUGUCCUGUCGCUGUUGACGAAGCGGACCGUUUGAGGGCAUUGUUUCCUUUGCCACACCGUCGUUGUCUUCUUGCUGUGGUUGUUGUGUUGUUGGUGGCAAGUGCGAGAGAUAACGUGUGCGUCGCAAACAUACACACACGCACGCACGUAAACACGCACGUACUUUUAGAGACAGAGUGGCAUCCGCAAUCCGAUCAAAGCCACCGAACAGACUAGUAAAAUCAUCCAUCAACCCGGGGGACCCCAACAGCUGGGGUGUUCUGCUAUCAAAUCGGACCUGGCACUACGCCGUGUUGCGGCGAUCAACCCACCAGGCCUUUUCUGGCCGUGACCAGCGUGACAAAAGACAACCAUCUGCAAAAUCGGAGUGGCAGGUGGCGGCGAAGGCUAGCGCGUUGGUGGCGGCUGGACUUUAUGGGCAAUAGGCUUGUUGGCGGCACCGGUGGCAGGGUAACUAGCGGGCGUGUCAACACCCAGGUCGGUCUUGGCCAAUCGAUACCGUCAGCUGUACUGGUAGGGCCAGUGCAUCCGGAGCACCAGCAACAGCAGGAGCCACAACCGCGAGCCACCACCACCCGCAUCAACCGAGACGCUAGCGAGGCUGAAGACGACGACGACGACGACGACGACGGUGACAACGUCGUUGGUGUGCAGAUCCACGGUGGCAGCUCAGUCCCUCUGGACGAGCAAACCAGCGGUGGCCAGGAUAACCAGAAUAGGCCUGAACGCAGGGCCCGGGGCGGCGGCAUCGGCUUGUCACGAUCACCGGAGCUAGUGGUGGUGGCAUCGCGUCGUGCAGUCUCGUUCCAGCUACCGAGCGAACAGCGAACAGAACCAGUGGGACUGCGACUGUACCGUCAGGCGAUCCGGCGACUCGCAGACACUGACUGGGUCCGGGAUAGGCUGCCGUCGGUGGCCCGGUUGCUGCGUGAAACCGCCAAUCCGCCUCGCCGAUCGCGUCGCCAUCCUUGUAGGACUCGCCCGAUAUCACGCCUCUCCCGGCGAAGGUGGCACCAGUCGGCGGAUGGUAGCGGUGGGGGUCAGCUGUUGAAAACCUGCUGGCCGGUGCGGCAAACCGAGGGCCUAUUUCUGCCACUGUUUCCGGUGGACGAGCGGCGCCAGCACCAGUACGACCGUGAGGCCCAUCUCGGUGACGGUGCGUUUGGACGGGUCUAUCGGGUGCGCGAUACCGAGCACACCGGCACGCACUACGCACUCAAGCUCCUCCGGAAGUCAAAUAUUUUGGAUAGUGACGGUGUUCGGCAGCUGCAGGACGAAGUAAGCAUACAGAGGCUGUGCGGUCACCAUCCCUUCAUUGUAGGCUGUCUCGACUUUUGGCAAACUCGUACGCACAUCUUCCUUCUGUCCAUUUACUACGGAAAUGGUGAGCUGUUCCAGCGUGUAAAGUAUUUCUCCUCGGAGUUGAUCCGGUUAUACAUUGCAGAGCUAGCUUUAGCACUCGACUUUCUGCACAACGCGGGAAUCAUUUAUCGUGAUCUGAAAUCGGAGAACCUACUGCUUGACGAUCGUUUCCAUCUGAAGCUGAUCGACUUUGGCUUGAGCCGGUGGUUAAGCGUCGGCAGCUAUACACGAACGUUUUGCGGCACUGUACAGUACAUGGCGCCGGAGCUGCUGAGUGGAGACCCAUACGGGCAUGCGGUCGACUGGUGGGCACUCGGUGUGUUGGCCUGCCGCAUGUACACCGGUCAGUUUCCGAAUGUAGAUGCGACGCAGUACCUGUGCCAACGGCAAGAUGCGAUCUCCGUCCCACGUAGCAAGAUACCCAGUGUCAAACUUGGGGCACCCUUGAUUCCCGAACCGAAUGAUCCCGUCCGGCGUGGCGCGAUACCGGUGGCAGGACGGGACCUGCUACAGCGGCUCCUGCAACCGGUGGCCAAGGAUCGGUUGCGCUCGCUGCUGCAGCUGCAACGCAUCGCCCUCUACCAACACUACCGGUGGGAUGCGGUACGUGCGACCCAGAUCGAUCCCCGUCAGUUCAUCACCGACGAGUGCCUUGGCGGUGCGCUAGAGGAAGCGAGUGGACCGGGCGAGUCCUUUGCCGGCUUCUGACACGAUCGGCAUCGAGCACGCCACUGGCAAUACCCGCCAUCCCUUCAUUCAUUCGUUGAAGCUAGUUAAAACGAUACUCUAGAAGCAAUAAAGUAAAUCACA